AUGCCGUUCGCUCGUCAGGCGCGACUUUAUGCUGCUACGCCCCGCUGCUUGCCUCUCUACGGAACGAGGGUGGCAGUUGGCAGCGAUUGGUCCCAUGGCCGGUCGGCUGUCGACAGCUGUCAACCUCCAUUGAUUGACUCCCUCCGCCACCCAGGUCAUCGUCCGUGCCGUGGUGCCGUCCCCAGUGCGUUGUGCUCAGACAAUCCAUUCGAUGCCAAGUGCUAG